CGGCCGUUGGACAUCCCAGCUGAUUUGGCUGAAACACCACUCACCACUCCAUUUAUUACCGAUUAAUCUGGUGCAGUUUGGCAUAUUCGGAGAAUAAAGAAACCGAGAAAUGCUAGUGCUCCUGGUUAGCUCUCCAACAACCUGUCUGCGCGUGACGCGAGGGAGGGGGGUCUACUUAAAGCAGGAUUAGCGCAAGCCAAACAUUAUACUGAAGUCCCCGUCCGUCCAUUCAGGCUCUGCGCGACCUAUCGUCCUGCUCGGCAGAUCGAAAAUAGGAGGGCUUUAUACUAAUCAGCACUUCAGUCUUGCGCGAGCAAAAGUGCUGGGUCGUCGUGCAAGCCUCUGUUAGAAGCGCAAGAGGCAAGGGGGCAGCAUACGCGCGUGAUCAAUGCAUUCGCCAAAUACAAUAAGAGCGUGCGGAGAAGAGGACAGGGAACGAGAGUAGAUAUACAUUUUCUUUUUAGCAAAGAGUUUUAACACAUCAUCCGAAUGACAAUGGGGGAAUGGACGAUACUAGAGCGGCUGUUAGAGGCUGCUGUCCAGCAGCACUCUACUAUGAUCGGAAGGAUCCUACUAACAGUGGUAGUGAUCUUCCGGAUUCUAAUAGUUGCUAUAGUGGGAGAGACGGUGUACGACGACGAGCAGUCCAUGUUCGUGUGUAACACGCUACAGCCAGGCUGCAAUCAGGCUUGCUACGACAAAGCAUUCCCAAUAUCCCACAUCAGAUACUGGGUAUUCCAGAUCAUCAUGGUGUGCACCCCCAGUCUCUGUUUUAUCACCUACUCCGUGCACCAGUCGGCAAAGCAGAAGGAGCGGAGGUUCUCCACUGUUUACCUUUCUCUGGACAAGGACCAGGAUUCUAUGAAAAGAGACGACAGUAAAAAGAUCAAGAACACAAUUGUGAACGGAGUAUUACAGAACACGGAGAACUCAACAAAAGAAUCCGAGACGGAUUGUCUUGAAGUGAAGGAGAUGCCUAGUUCAGUCAUGAGAACUACCAAGUCCAAAAUGAGACGUCAAGAAGGCAUCUCAAGAUUCUACAUCAUCCAGGUCGUUUUUCGAAACGCGCUAGAGAUAGGGUUUUUAGUGGGUCAAUACUUCCUCUACGGAUUCAAUGUCCCUGCCGUGUAUGAAUGUGAUCGAUACCCCUGCAUCAAAGAUGUUGAGUGCUACGUUUCAAGACCAACGGAGAAGACCGUGUUUCUGGUCUUCAUGUUCGCCGUCAGUGGGAUAUGUGUGGUCCUGAACCUCGCAGAACUCAACCACCUUGGCUGGAGGAAAAUCAAAACAGCUGUGAGGGGUGUACAGGCUAGGAGAAAGUCAAUUUACGAGAUCAGAAACAAAGACUUGCCGCGAAUGAGCAUGCCCAAUUUCGGUCGCACUCAGUCGAGUGACUCCGCCUAUGUGUAGCGCCUAUCAGGCUGCUGGGGGUCAACAUGGUGGAUAACAGCUGUAUUGAGACAAAACAGAAAUAAUGAUGUGUUGGAUAGUUCAUCUCACCAAUUUCCUCUGAAGUAGGUGGGGUAGAUCAAUUUAAUUUGUCUUGUACAGACAAUUUAAAAAACAAACGGACCAAACGUUUGUUUGUCAUAUUUAUGAAAAAAAGGCACUGAACGUGGGGGUAAAUACAUAUUGCACUAAAUAUGACGAGCCAAACGUACCUGAUUAAUGAGAUGAAGGUGUUCUUACAGUGAACUUACCACCGGUUUUGACAUCAUCCAGACGACAAACCUCUCACACCAUAUAUAUGUUUUCUUGGUAUUUAUUAACGAAUUUCCAUUUGGCAUCAAACUUACAGUAGCUUCUAUAUACAGUAGCCUAUUUUCAUUCUCUAUGUUUUUGGUUGCCUGCGCUCACACCAUCGACCUUAACAUAAACUGUCACUCCAUUGCUUUAAAGCCGAGUAGCAGAACGAUAGCUUGGAGACUACUGCACACGCUAACGUCUGCGACUUGUUAAUUUUAUUUAUUUUUUUAUACCAAAGCGCCCAUUUUGCUUCCAUUUGUGAAAAAAUGUGUUCUGUUGCUUCUGUGUAUUCAAGUGCCAUACAUGUACAUAGAUAUACACAUAUUACAUAGAGAGAAUAUACUAUUCAUCAUGAAAGAUAAAGUCCACGAGUGGAUGACACCAGAUGCUAAAAUCUGUCCCUUUAAUUUAUAUUGACAUGGGUAAAAUGGAAAUGGUAAGCUAAUAUUCAUAUUUUAUUUGUAUAACUGAAGAAGCCAUAAUCCUUAUGUGUUCUACGAGUAUAUCUAUGAGAAAUAACUCGAAAAGAAAACAGCACAAUUUAAAUAUGAUUCAGUAUUUAAGUAAAGGGGACAGGUUGACAGGCCCCUGGUGCUACCAUUUUCCCCAAAAAUUUAAUGAUGCAAUCUGUUGAUGUGAAAAGAAAUAGAGAAAAACAAAAAAACAUAUAUUAAUGUGCAAAAAUAAAAAGAAAAGUGGAAUUCAUGUACCCAA